AUGGCGGUAUCACGAAGAGAUAUAUUUGUGGGUAAAAAUGAGAGCAUUUCGCCGAAUUCAGUGAUUAAGCGCCGCAGCCCAGACUCUGAUGAAGAAGGUCAAAUUCGAACACCCCUAAUAAAGCCAAAGAAUGUUGAUCGUAUCUUCCCAAUGAAAAGACUUUCAAUGACAUUGCUCAGUAUAUUUUCCGGAAUUUGUUGCUGCUUUUUUCUUCUUGUCCUGACAAUAUCUGCACUUCUCUCAUAUUUCUAUCGUAUUCAUAUCAAAAGGGAGCAUAAGUACACCGCGUCCGUCAAGCCGGCUUAUCCGAUGGGAAAGCCUAAGAAAAGUAUUGAUUUGAGAUAUUAUGCACAAUUGCUGGGCUUAGAACUAUCUACACACAAAGUUAUUACUCAGGAUGGAUUUGUUAUAGACAUAAAGCAUCUCACAGACCCUAAAAGAACAGAACCUACCAUAAGGCCUGUCUUAAUGCUUCAUGGACUUCUUCAAUCAUCUGGUGCCUUUUUAACCGGAGGAUAUAAAAGUUUGGCAUAUAUGCUAGUGAAAAAUGGCUAUGAUGUAUGGCUUGGAAAUAAUAGAUGUGGUUUUAAUCCCCAGCACAUUGAGUAUGAUCCGUCCGAUUACCGCAUGUGGGAUUGGGAUCUUACUGAAAUGUGCAGAUAUGAUUUGACUGCGAUGAUAGAUCAAAUUUUCAAAAUUACAGGAUUCUCCGGGAAAUUAUCACUAGUUGGUCACUCACAGGGAACAUCGCAAAUUGUGAUGUUUCUAUCCAACAGCAUGGGUAUUAAUUAUGCUGACAAAAUUGAAAACUGUACACUUUUAGCCCCUGCGAUAUUUGGGGGUCCAAUGUUGAACCAGAAGCUAUUCAUUAAAUUCAUGAGAUUUCUUCCAGACCCCAUGUUUGAUCUAUUUUUUGGCAGGCGUGCAUUUAUUCCCAUUCUGAUUUCCCUUCGGAAUAUGAUGUAUAAAUCGCGUAUGUAUGGUUUGGCCUCAUACUCUAUGUUCAGUUACUUGUUUGAUUCGAAUGAUUAUAAGUGGGACGUUUCUUUGAGGGACAUACAUUUUCUAUUCUCACCUGUUUACCAAUCCACAAAAUUAAUGAAAUGGUGGCUUAAGGGACACGGAUUCAAGAUGGGCCGACCUAUAAUGUCUACUGAUAGUUCUUGGUUUAGGGGUGAUACCCCGCGUAUGCUAUUGAUCAUAGGUGGAGCUGAUACUCUUGUGGAUGGUAAGAUGUUUUAUGAUUAUGCGCUUAAUAAGGAACCAUUCAUGAAGGAUAAAGUUGAAUCUCUUUUUGUCGAAGGCUACAACCAUCUUGACGUUCUGUGGUCAGAUGAUAUACAAGAUACAGUUGGAAAAAGAAUGUUGAAAUUUUUAGAUGGAGAAUAA